GCCCCCUUUCUCUUACCCUAAGUCUAGUGUGAAGAUUUGCGCAGCUCGAGACACAACUGUGUUCACUUCUAUGAUCCCCACAAAUAACUUGGUGGAUUACGUUGGAUCAAUUAUCUUAUAUACCUAUAUUUCUCUAAUUUUUCUUUUCGCAUUACGAUCAUACUUGAGUCGAUCAAUCUCAUAAACUUUUUUCCUCAUUAUAGGUUUACAUGAUAUGGAGCUCAAUUGAUUAUAUGUUGCGAGUGAUCUCACCAUCUUUGGUUCCCUGUUGUGAGCUCAAUUGAUUAUAAUAGUGUGUUGAUAUGUGCUAGUUUUUUCCAUUUGGGGUUUGUCGAUUUAUCUGUUUGGCAUUUUAUUAAUCCAUUGUCGAUUUCUUGCUUCAUUAUCCUUAGAUUUGUGUCUGAUUAUCUUUUGAUCAUUAUUUACUAGGCGAUCCACACUAAUUUAUAGCAAAUUUUUUUAGAUUGUGUUGGAUUAAUGAUCUUUAUAUACUUGUUUUUCUCCCUAAUUUGUCUUGUUAUUGUUGAUCUAUUUGAAAAUUUACUUUUUCCACUUUUUAUAGGUCACAAGCUUUGGAGGUCACUUGAGUAUCUGCUGCGAGUUCCAUUGCUUUCUUUGCUAUUAAGGUUCAAAAAAGCACAAAUUACGGCGGGGUUUUGCUUUAGAUUUUGAUCAACCAAUUUAGCGCGGGAAAACAAGAAUAAGAAACAGAAAAUGGACCCACCCAAUCCCAACGAUGUCCCUCCCAUUGAGGAUAUAACUUCUAUCACAGAACAACUAAAGGGCCACGGUUUUUCCAACAAAGAAAUUGGUGCAAUCCUUACCUUAGCCCCAUCAACAUAUGUUCCUGAAUCUCCCAAUCAUAUUCAUAGAGAUGAAAGACCACAUGAACCCUUUCUCAAGAGAGGAACGGAACCCGACUCCGAUGAUGCCUCUUCUUCUAAACGCACAAAACUCUACAACUUUGAAAACACUUCUGAUCCAAAAGGAAAGAAACCACUCAUUGAUGAUCAUCAUCAGAGGAAGGAAAUACCAGAAAAUCAACUACCUUUGGCUUUUGAUAUCAAUGCUUAUAAUAUUAACAGCGAAACUGAAACUGAUGAUAGCGACAACGAUGAUGAUUUUGAGAUUUGUAGGAACGAGUCAUUUAUUAGAAGUCAGUACAAGCUAUUUAACAAAGACACUGCAAAGAGAUUUGCGUCACGCAUUCAUAGUGUUUCAGAGAAUAAAGAAAAAGAUGAUGAUGUGGAACAUGAAGUUGAUGAUGAUUCUCCAACUCCUUUCUCUAAAGCAGUCAAAGCUAUUCAAGAACGAAUUACUAAAAGCAACAAAAGGGGGUUUGUCGAUGAAUCCCUUACUUGGGUUUCAAAACUGAAUGGUGAAGAUUUUGUGAGGGGAAGAUUAUGUGUUCCUUCACUGCUAGAAAUGUCUCUUAAAAUUCUUGCCAAUCAUGUUGAUGGACUUGCUUCGCUUGAUGGUGUUUCUGAUGCACUAAAACAAAGGCUUAGCGCGUUGCUUUGUGAUUCAAGAAAAAUGAAUGCUCACUCUCUUGAACUACUUCUAAGUGGAUUUCCAAAUGUGAUUCGGCUUAAAGAUUGCUCUUGGAUGACAGAGGAAGAAUUUACAAAAUAUUUUGGAAAGUUGGACAAUUCCAUAUUAGAGGUUCUGCAACUUCAGCAAUGUGGACGAAUUAUAACUGAAUAUACAUUACCUUGUACAUUGGCAAAGUCACCAAACUGCUUGUCUAGAUUGAUUAGUCUAUCUCUCACCGGUGCAUGUCGUCUUUCUGAUAAAGGGUUGCAGUUACUAGUUUCUUCUGCAACAACACUUAGAUCCAUAAAUCUAAGCCAAUGUUCCCUUCUCACUUUUGCUAGUCUCGAUAUUUUGGCUGAUUCAUUAGGAUCACUUUUGAAGGAGUUAUAUCUUGAUGAUUGUAUACUCAUUGAUGUUGCACUAAUUUUAUCGGCAUUGAAGAGACUCGAACAUUUAGAAGUGUUGUCACUAGCUGGACUUCCUACUGUUACUGAUAAAUUCAUCAAGAAUUAUAUCAUUACAUGUGGUCACAACAUUAAUGAGCUUGUUUUAAGGGACUGUGUGAAUUUGACUGAUGCAUCAAUGAAAUUCAUUGCUGAACAUUGUCCUGAGUUGCAUGCACUUGAUAUUACAAACUUGUGCAAAUUGACAGAUUUAACCAUAAGAUAUCUUGCAAAUAGUUGUCGAGCAUUGCUUAAUCUGAAGCUAUGCCGCAAUUCAUUCAGCGAUGAAGCAAUUGCUGCAUUUUUGGAGAUAAAUGGCAAAUCCUUGGAAGAACUUUCACUUAAUAACAUUAAGAAGGUUGGCCAACAAACAAGCUUAUCACUUGCAAAGAAUGCCAAAAAUUUGCAUACCUUAGAUUUAUCAUGGUGUCGAAACUUGACAGACAAUGAGUUUGGUUUAAUUGUCGAUAGCUGCUCGUCAUUGAGGUUCCUUAAACUUUUUGGAUGCUCACAGGUAACAAAUGCUUUUCUCAAAGGUCACUCAAACUCAGAGCUUCAGAUCAUUGGGUUGAAGUUGUGUCCUUUAUUGCAGCAUAUCAAAGAGCCUAAUCCUCAUCAAAGUGUUUUGCGAUAUUCAUCAGUCUCGCAGUAGAUAUUGAUAUAAAUUAGAACUGGAAACAAAAAUGUAAUAAAUAGAUGCUGAAAUUUGGCACAACUUGUUGAUUUCUGAUAACAUGGUGUCACCCGAAUAGACAUGAAUAGACAUGAAAAUAACUUUAUCA